GGUUUCCUGAAGAUGGCCUCACGCACCCCGUCCCUUGAGUCGCUGCCCGGUGCCAACUCUAUAGGUUCGCUGGAGCGUGGCUCCUUAUCGCCCUUGACUUUAAGCGGAUCCUCGCCACCUGCGAGUGACUCUGCCGUAUGUGACCUUCGUGAAUUCGACGGCCUCGACACAACCUGCGCAAUCUGCCGAGAGACAUUCGUCGACCCUAAAGUACUCAACUGUUUCCAUACGUUCUGCCGUGGGUGCCUGGAAAGGGAACAAACCCACCCCGAGAAAGUUACUUGUGUCACUUGUCGCGUAGACAGUCAACUACCGUCUGCGGGUGUACCCGGUUUAUUAACGAACCUCGUUAUCGCUGCUGCUGUAGAACAGGACGCCGAUCUCCUGCCAACAGCUCGUCAAACAAACUCUCCCUCAGCCCGCUGCACCGGCUGUAAAUCGAAAGAAUCCGACGCAGUCGCACGUUGCGUUGACUGUGCAAACUUUCUCUGUCCCAACUGCGUCAUGGCGCACCAAUUCAUGCAUUGUUUUGAAGGCCACCGAGUACUCGCCUUCACAGAUUUAAAAGACGAUAAAGGUAUGCUAGGCUCUACGUUAACAACUAGUGGAGACAAAACAGCAUUUUGCCCAAGACACAAAAAUGAUAUUCUAAAAUAUUUUUGCCGCACUUGCUCAGUGCCCGUUUGCAAAGAAUGUACUAUUAUAGAGCAUCCUGCAGCACUUCACGAUUGCGAACAUUUAUCAGACGCGGGCCCUAAACAGUUAGAACAAAUGCAACAAGCUGUCAAUGAAGCAAAAACUAGAGCCACAGAAAUAAGGCAUGUUGUCAAAACCGUAGAACAUGCUGCUGGCAAAUUACAAGUACAAUACCAUAAAGCUCAAAAUGAAAUAAACGAUACUUUCCAAUUUUAUCGCUCUAUGCUAGAGGAGCGUAAGCAAGAGUUACUGAAGGAACUCGAAAGUGUAUUCUCCACGAAACAAAUUGCCCUUACCGUUGUCGGGCAAAAAGCUCAAGAAACAGUUGACAAAAUAUAUCAAACAUGCGACUUCGUCGAACGAUUGACAAAAUGUGCAAACAUCGCAGAAAUUUUAAUGUUCCGAAAGCUUUUAGACACUAAACUACAAUCUUUAAUGAGCACUAACCCGGAGCAAAGUGUUCAAACUGCAUGUGAAUUAGAAUUCGUUUCUAAUUACCAGGCAAUACAAGUCGGUGUAAGAAACACCUUUGGAUAUGUCCGUUCAAGUUCUGAAGCGAAUGUUGGACCUACCAAGCAGCCUCCGAUUGCGCGCCCCACGAAUGGAUCAUUGCUAAACGGAGGAUCGUCUUCAAGUAGCAGCAGUGUUAACGGAAGUUCUGGCAGUCUAAACGGCGGCAUACACCUACCUACAGGCUUAAACGGUGUUUUAGACCGCCCAUACACGAAUGGAUUACUUGGACCUACUAGCCAAUCAACAUCUCCUUUCGACUCGAACAUUAUUUCAAAGAGAUUCAACAGUGCCAAUACGCUCGGUCCAUUCUCAACAGCUCUUGGAGAUAUCAAUUUAAAUGGAAUAAAUCCAUACGAGAAGUGGUCUAAUGGAGGAUGUGAUUCACUCUUCCCACCUGCAACAUCUGAUCCUUACUCGCUUACAACUGCCUCACAUACUGACCCCAUUCUUGAUUUGACUAAUAAGUUGAUUUCCACUGCUAUAUUCCCGCCGAAGUCUCAAAUUAAGCGUCAAAAGAUGAUUUACCAUUGCAAAUUUGGUGAGUUUGGUGUUAUGGAAGGUCAAUUUACUGAACCAAGUGGUGUUGCUGUAAAUGCUCAAAAUGAUAUCAUCGUGGCCGAUACAAACAACCACAGGAUCCAAAUAUUUGACAAGGAAGGACGCUUCAAAUUUCAAUUUGGUGAAUGUGGCAAGCGUGACGGUCAACUUUUGUAUCCUAAUAGAGUCGCCGUAGUACGCACUUCCGGUGAUAUCAUCGUAACGGAGAGAUCACCGACGCACCAAAUACAGAUAUACAACCAGUAUGGACAAUUUGUACGAAAAUUCGGGGCAAACAUUCUUCAACACCCCCGUGGUGUGACUGUCGAUAACAAAGGAAGAAUUGUAGUCGUGGAAUGCAAGGUUAUGCGUGUCAUUAUUUUUGAUCAAGUCGGUAAUGUUCUUCAAAAGUUCGGUUGUUCGAAACAUCUUGAAUUCCCUAACGGAGUUGUCGUCAAUGAUAAGCAAGAAAUAUUCAUUAGUGACAACCGAGCACACUGCGUGAAAGUUUUCAACUAUGAAGGCAUUUACUUACGCCAGAUUGGCGGAGAAGGAGUCACAAACUACCCGAUUGGAGUGGGUAUUAACGCAUCCGGUGAAAUUUUAAUUGCGGAUAAUCAUAACAACUUCAACUUGACGAUAUUCACGCAAGACGGUCAGCUUGUGUCAGCACUAGAGAGCAAAGUGAAACAUGCACAGUGCUUCGACGUGGCGCUAAUGGAUGACGGCUCUGUCGUGCUGGCCAGCAAAGAUUACCGACUAUACAUUUAUCGCUACGUUCAAGUUCCGCCUAUAGGUAUGUGA